AUGAUGCUCCGGAAGAUGACGGACAGGAUCAACGGCGCGCUGCACUCGCCCAAGCGUGAUGCCUUCUCCGUCCAACAACAACAACAACAACAACAAUUCCCGGUGGCGCCUCCCACCCCGACAGACUCGCUCGCCACCACCCUCUCAGUGACGAACACCCACCGACCGUCGAUCUCGACCCAGCGCACCUCAUUGUCUGAGGCCGAGAGCUCCAAGCAGGCGCUGCACUCGGACUACGAGCGCGACGUCGCAAUGCACGACGCCAACCCGCCGUUCCCGUAUCCGAAACGGGACAAGGGCCGCUACCGCUUUGUCGACUUUGAGUUUAUGCGUACACUCGGCACUGGAUCCUUUGGCCGCGUACAUCUCGUACGCAGCCGGCACAACGAGCGCUUCUACGCCAUCAAAGUCCUCAACAAGGGAAAGAUCGUUCUAAAUAAGCAGAUCGACCACACCAACAACGAGAUGAACAUGCUGCUCGCCGUCCAGCACCCGUUCAUCGUCAAUCUCUGGGGCACCUUCCAGGAUGCAACAAACCUGUAUAUGGUCAUGGAUUUCGUUCCCGGUGGCGAGCUCUUCUCGCUAUUACGACGUUCGAACCGCUUCCCAGAACCAGUAGCCAAGUUCUACGCCGCAGAAGUCGCACUCGCGCUCAACCACCUCCAUACCCUCGACAUCGUCUACCGCGACCUGAAGCCCGAGAACAUCCUCCUCGCACGUGACGGACACAUCAAGAUCGCCGACUUCGGCUUUGCGAAAUACGUGCCAACAGUGACAUGGACGUUGUGCGGUACUCCGGACUAUCUCGCUCCGGAGGUCGUGAACCAGCGGCGGUACAACAAGUCCGUCGACUGGUACGCAUUGGGGAUCUUGGUCUUUGAGAUGCUUACGGGACUACCACCGUUUCAUCGUACGGAGGCCGGAGAGAACACUCCCAUGGCGCUAUACGCGAGGAUACAGGACGGCGAGCGCGCGAUCCGAUGGCCGGCCCAAUUUCCUCCCCUCGCCAAAGACAUCGUGCUACGCUUCCUCGAGCAAGACCCAUCAAAACGAUUCGGAAACUUGCACAACGGCGCUGGCGAUGUGUUCGGCCAUGCUUGGUUCCGCGAGGUCGACUGGGCGAGGUUAAGGGCGCGCGAGAUCACUGCGCCCUUUGUGCCAAAGGUGACGAGCCCGGGAGAUGCGAGGGCGUUUGAGUCGUACGACGAGGCCAAUGCCGCUGCACGAUACAACAACGAGCACGCUUAUGAUGCGCAUGGGCACUUGUUCCCCGACUUCGACUACACUGCAGAUGCGGCACCCGCACCCGCACCACGGUUAUACUAG